AUGGUACAUCAUACGGUAUUUUACGUGAUACUUUUCGUGGGUAUAGUAAGUAGCUACCCUGUAGAAUAUGGAAGACAAGGGUUUGCGUUGCUUCAACACGCUCCAGUUGCUUUGAAAGCGGAACCGGUGGCGUAUCCCAAAUACCGUUUCGAAUACGGAGUCAAAGAUGGGCACACUGGCGACAUCAAAGAGCAAACGGAAGAAAGGGACGGAGAAGUCGUCAAAGGAGAGUACUCUCUUGUUGAACCAGAUGGUACUGUCCGCAAAGUACAAUACGAAGACGACGGGCAUAGUGGAUUCAACGCUGUUGUAACCAGAACUGGACAUGCGGUCCAUCCGGCAACACCGCAAAAGUUGCCGCACUAUGAAUACCACCAUUGAUUGGUUUGAAUUUGAACUUGAAUUGAUUGAUAAGAUAUUCAGUGUAUACACGAUAUGUGUUGACCACUUGAAUUAUCUGUUGAUUUCAAUCAAAUAAUCACUUUUUCUCGUGUGCCUAUUGAGGCUGACCGUCAGUCCUGGUGCUGGGUUAGUUAUUGUUUUGAUUUCGAAAAAAAAGUUAAUGUAUUAUCCAUUAAGCUUUUAUGUAUUGUUGUUGUUUUCUAUAGAACUUGAAUACGGAAUUUGAUACUUCAACGUA